UCUAAGCGCCCAGAUACCGGCAAGAAGUCAAUGAGAGCUCUGCCAAUUCAGCAGGUUCCGGGAGGACAGCCCAGAUGUGGAUCAUGCGGUAGGUUCCAUGCAGCAGGAGAGUGUUUCGCUGCCCAAAAGACAUGCUAUAACUGUCAUCGUCUCGGACACUUUGCUCACAAGUGCCCUGAGCCAAAGAGAGAGAAUCCCGGACCGCACCAGCAGCAACUUCAGUACCAGCAGCCAUCGCAGCAUCAGCAACAGAACCAGCAGCGACCCAUGGCCCAGGCCCGAGUUUACGCUCUCACCAAUGACGAGGCCGCCAACAACACAGGUACCAUAGAUCCACAUGCUCAGCAGACUCCACCCACUCAGGGUGAAGAUCAUGGCCGCACGAUUGAACGGUUUCAGAACAUGCGUCCCCCAACCUUUUCGGGAGUGGAGGGUCCAACAGCUUUAACGGAGUGGCUCCGUAAGCUAGAAAGGAUCUUCACCGUUCUCCGAUGCUCGGAUGCCCAGCGCAUUGAGUGUACCAAAUACCAGAUGGAGGGUGAUGCCGCUGAUUGGUGGACUGACUAUUGGGUUUUGAGGCCAGAAGCUGAGCGGACUGCCCUCACUUGGGUAAGGAUGAAGGAGAUUGUCACGGACAAGUACUUUCCCAAGAGCUAUCGUGACCAGAAGGAGCGAGAGUUCUAUGAUCUUAAGCAGGAUGCCUCUACAGUCGAUGAGUAUUCUCGGGCCUUCACCCGUUUGAGUGCCUUUGCCAGGCAUAUG